AUGAACAGAGAAUUAGAAAAAAUAUUGAUUGCCUAUCGCCGCGCCGUGCAUCCUGCUACGGGUAAAUCACCUGCAAUGCUAAUGUUGGGUCGUCAGAUGCAAACACGACUUGACUUAUUUCUACCAAAUAAUGAUGUCAAUUAUAAUGCACCAUUUAAGAUAAUCAAACAUUUCAAUAUAGGCGACAGAGUAUCAGUUCGCGAUUAUCUUUCUGGGGUCAAGUGGAAAUUUGGUGUGGUGGAGGAGAAAGUCGGUGACUUACAUUAUAAAGUCAAGCUUGAUGAUGGUAGAACUUGGAAAAGACAUGUGGACCAAAUAAGAAGAAACAGUGUAAAUUUAGAAGUCCCUAAUACAGAACGAGAUGAUGUUAUGAUUGCGAAACAUGCUAAACCGGGAGAUAACAUAGACAGAUCUACAAAUAUGGGUAUUCCACAGUCUGUAAUACAAACUCCUACAUCAAACCUAGUUGAGAAUCCACCUACAGCUGAUGCUGAUGUUUCACAGCCGGAAAACCAAUCGGAAUCAGCCUCCACAUCUGUCGAGCUGAGACGUUCUGGAAGACAACGCAAAAUACCUUCACGAUACACUGACUGA